AUGCAACAAGAUUUGCUUAAGCAAAGACGCGAGCAAAAACUGGAGAUGGAAGAGAUGAUGAAACGGUUUAUGUCCAAGCAACCCCAACUUACAAAGUCUGAGGUCACCAGGGAAUACUUCCUAAGUUCCAUUCUCUACUCUCCUCAACCCUUGGAGCCCACAAUCUGCGGCGCCGGCCUCGUCUACGUCUACGGCCUCCCGCCCGCCUUCAACGACGACCUCCUCCUCAACUGCCACUACUACGAGCCAUGGAGCUCGCGCUGCCAAGAGCCCCCCAACGGCGGGCUCGGCCCCCACCUCACCCCCAUCCCCUCCCCGUCGUGGUACGGGACCCACAUGUUCGCCUCCGAGGUCAUGUACCACAAGAGGAUCAUGCAGCACGCGUGCCGCACCACGGACCCCGAAUCCGCUACGGCCUUCUACAUACCCUUCUACGCUGGGGUCGCACUGGGAAAGUACUUGUCCACUAAUUACACAUAUAGAGAUCGCGAUCGCCUGUUUGAGGAGCUGCUGACGUGGCUCCAGGAUCAGCCUCCGUGGCGGAGAUCCAACGGCUUGGAUCACUUCAUCCUCCUGGGGAGGCCCACGUGGGACUUUCAGCGGCUGAGAGACGACGGGUGGGGGACCAGCUUCCUCCACAUGCCGUUGAUGAAACAGAUCGUGCGGCUCACGAUAGAGCGGGCCCCGUGGGACCAGCACGACAUCAGUGUUCCUUACCCCACCGGAUUCCACCCCAAGUCAAAAUUGGAGCUUGACCAAUGGCUUGAUUUUGUGACGAGUCUUAACAAUAGGACAAGUUUGUUCACAUUUGCGGGAGCCAAGCGAGAGAUGAAGGACGAUUUUAGGGCCCUGCUGUUUAGCCAUUGCUACAACGAGUCGGGCUCGUGCCGGGCUGUCGACUGCUCAGGAUACCGGUGCUUCGGUGGGACUCCCGAGAUCCGGGAGGCGUUCUUGGACUCGGACUUCUGUUUGCAGCCUAGGGGGGAUUCGUACACUAGAAGAUCGACGUUCGAUUGCAUGCUGGCCGGUUCGAUUCCGGUUUUCUUUUGGAGGAAAAGUAUUGAGCAUCAAUAUGAGUGGUUUUUGGGUGAUGAACCAGAUCAGUUUUCGGUGUUUAUAGAUCAGAAGGAUGUUAGGAAUGGUGUGUCGAUUAAGAAAGUGUUGGAAGGGUAUAGUAGGGAAGAGGUGAGGAGGUUGAGAGAGAAGGUUAUUAGUUUGAUACCAAAUUUUAUUUAUGGGGAUGGAAGUGGGAGUGGUAAAGAUGCCUUUGAUAUUGCUAUUGAUGGAGUGCUUAAGAAAAUCAAGGAUCAAAAUAAGCCCAACAUAAGGUAG